AUUUAAACGCAUCAAUGGCCAGGCCAACAUAAUAAAAAGCCAGCGUGCAACGAGCUGGCACACUUAGUUCCCACUGGCAUUCCUAGACGGCGAUAGGUCAUGUCGUCCUCUGGCUGGCUGGACAGUUAUCCGUUUGCCGAGCUGGCGGAUGAGCGCACACAAUCUUGGCCGAUGGUGGCAUCGCCUUGGAAUGCUGCGGCUCUGCUGGCCUUGUACUUGCUGCUGGUGCACUUUGCGCCCAAAUGGAUGGCCAGUCGCAAGCCAUUUCAGCUGCGUGCCCCAUUGUUCUGCUACAAUUUGUUCAUGGCCAUGCUCAACGCCCACAUUUGCCUCGAGCUCUACACUGCAUCGCGGGCCCUUAACUACAGCCUCCAGUGUCAGCCGUACAGAGUUAGCUAUGAUCCACAUGAAGUACGUAUUGCGACGGCGUUUUGGUGGUUCUACAUAACAAAGAUUUUGGAGUUUGCCGACACUUUAUUUUUUAUACUCCGCAAGAAGUGGUCACAGCUGACUUUUUUGCACGUUUAUCAUCACAGCAGCAUGUUUGUUAUAUGCUGGAUAGUAGUAAAAUGGAUUCCCACCGGCUCCACCUUUGUUCCGGCCCUGAUGAACUCGUUUGUGCACAUCAUUAUGUACGGAUAUUACUCACUGAGCGCUCUGGGACCUCGGUUGUACCCAUAUCUAUGGUGGAAACGCUAUUUAACGGUGCUGCAGCUGUUGCAGUUUGCAUUGGGGCUGGCUUGGGGAGCUCAGGCUCUUGUAUACAGGUGUGAGUACCAACCAUGGCUUAGUUUUACGGGAGUUGCAUAUAUGAUCUCUUUUCUUAUUCUCUUUGGUCGAUUUUAUACGCAAAAAUAUAAGAAAGCAACUAAUAAAUGCAGUCAGUAUCAAUAA